GGGGGCGGGGCGGGGCGGGGCUCGCAGGGCAAUGAAGCGGGGUCGAGAUCCCGCCUGUUUACGUAACCGGCCCAGAGGGGAUUAGCCGGGCCGGGCGCAGCGGCCUCUGCUGCCGGGACGCGGCGGGCCGGGGCCGGGGCCGGGGCCGGGGCCGGACCGCGGCCGGCGCAGGAAGGGGAGGCGAUGGGAGCUGCCAGCAGCGAGCCCGAGCCCCCGCCGGGGCCCCUCAAGGGUGGCGGCCUCGCCGCCCAGGUCUCCUGGGUCCGGACCUGGAAGAGCGUCUUGGCUGGCAUCGGGGUGACGGUGUCAGGGCUGGAGCGCAACGUGGCCGCGAGGAGGCGCCUCCAGCCGCAGCGGGGCCCGGGCGAGAAGCUGCCCCGGCUGGGGGAGAAGGUGGUGACGGGCUGGCCAGUGCCGCAGUUCGUCUCGCUCUUCCUCCCGGAGUUCCCCAUCCGGCCCCCCCUGGGACAGCAGCAGCUCAAGAUUCUGGGCUUUGUUGCCAAGGGCUCCUUCGGGACGGUCCUGAAAGUGCUGGACUGCGGGCGGGAGAAGGUCUUUGCUGUGAAGGUGGUCCCCAAAGUGGAGGUGCUGCGGCGUGACACCCUGAAGCAGUGCAAAGAGGAGGUCAGCAUCCAGAGGCAGGUCAGCCACCCAUUUGUUCACUGCUUAGGGGACAGCUGGCAGGGACAGCGGCAUCUCUUCAUUAUGUGUACAUACUGCAGCACCGGAGACCUGUACGCGCUCUGGGCCUCCUCGGGGCGCUUUGCGGAAGCCACCAUUCGCCUGUUUGCAGCGGAGCUGGUGCUGGUGCUGGGUUAUCUCCACGACCUGGGCAUUGUGCACCGAGACGUGAAGAUGGAGAACAUACUCCUGGACGAACGUGGGCACCUAAAGCUGACAGACUUCGGCCUUUCGCGCCAUCUGCGCCGAGGGGAGCGGGCUUACACCAUCUGUGGGACCCUGCAGUACAUGGCCCCAGAAGUGCUGAGCGGAGGCCCCUAUAGCCAUUCUGCUGACUGGUGGUCUCUGGGCAUCCUGCUCUUUACCCUGGCUACUGGGAAGUUCCCGGUUCCUCCCGAGCGAGACCACCUGGCCAUGCUGGCGAGCGUGAACCGCUGCAGCUACGAGAGCCCGAGCUCCCUGAGCCGGGGGCUGUCCCUCCUGCUCAGCGAGCUCCUGUGCCGAAACCCCCUGCGGCGCCUGCACUACCUCCACCACUUCAAGAGCCACCUCUUCUUCCGGGGAGCGACCUGGGACGCCGAGCUCCUGCAGAAGCACCCAGUGGACGUCGUCCUGGCCGCACGGCAGGCGGAGCAGGCGGCCCUGGAACCCUCCGUCGCCUUUGCAGACUUUGACUGUGACCUGUGGCCUCCCUGAGCCGCCCCUGGCCUGGCUGAGGCAGAGCUGACCCUCUCCUCUGGCCCUGCUGGAGCUCCGGCCCGUUUGAGGCUCCAUCUCCUUACUGUUUGCAGGCUGUGACCAGGCCCCCCGUGGGCCAGCCAGGAGCACCAUUCUGUGUGCUCAGGAACCCCCCUUGUGCAGCGCCCCAGCCCAGCCCCAGCCGUCUCAGGGAGAGCAGCAAAGGGCACCCAGCCUCCUCCCCAGCAGUGGCUCCCCUCAUUGGCGCCCCGUUCCCAGGCCAGGCUGUGGGCGCCCCCCUUCCUCAGGUUAGACUCAGGCUGUGCCAGCGGGCCGCCCCCCCGGGCCGGGCUCGUGCGUGCCCCGGGGCCUGGCGGCGGGACCCCCCAGCUGGACGGGAGCGCCGGGCUGCACGUGGCCGAGCAAUAAAGGGCAUUUCCCGUG